ACGAAUGUAAGCAAACAAGUCAAGACGUGCUGGACGUGCACGUCAAGCGGUUCAAAACAAAAAAGAACUAAAAAACAUACAAAAACACCAAAAAAAAAAACGACUAAAAGUUAAAAACCCCAUAACGAAACGAAAAUCUAAUAAACCUUAAAGUUUGCUGUAAAAAUCUAAGCAAAUUUUCCCAUAUACUAUUUCUGUGUAAAUAAAAUUCAAAUAUUUAUAUAUUUUUAAAACGGAACAAACAAGUGUUUUCAAGUCAGUGCCUGAGUUUCGUUUGAGCUUUCCGUCAACACCUCCUUCGCCAUGGUGGGUACCAUGGACGUCAAAGAUUUGAAGGGCGCCAAAAUAACCCAUGCCGGCCUUCUCAAACACAAUGCAGACGGCACAACGGAAACGCAAAAAAUCACACAUGCCGGCCUGGUGGCUCGCAGUCCCGAAGGCACUGCCGCCAAGGGCAUGAAUAUACGAGGCAACGAGGACUUAUGGGUGGAGAUUCAAGCGAAUACCUUUCGCAAUUGGGUGAACGAGCACUUACGUCCCACAGGCAUGCAGGUCCAUGAUUGGGCAACAGACUUUUGCGAUGGCACCUGUCUUUGCGCUUUGGUGGAAAAUCUACAGACACGCCCCCUUAAACCGGCCUGGAAUCGUCGUCCGGCCAAUCAACAUCAUUACUUGGAGAAUGUUGCCACCGCUCUCAAGUCCAUCGAAGCCGAUCACAUAAAAUUGGUGAACAUUGGCAACACGGAUAUAGUCAAUGGCAAUAUUAAAUUGAUUUUGGGUCUUAUCUGGUCCCUGAUUGUACGCUACCAAAUUGGACGCAGUAAAUUCCCACCGAGAAAACUAAUGUUGGCCUGGUUGCAAGCCGCCUUGCCCGAAUGUAAGAUUACCAAUUUGACAACAGAUUGGAAUAGUGGCGUCAAUCUGGCUGCCCUUUUGGACUACUGUAAGCCGGGUCUGUUUCCACACUGGCGUUCCAUGGAUCCCAGUCAGAGUGUGCGUAACUGUACAAAUGCCAUGAAUUUGGCUCAAAGUGAAUUUGGGGUACCCAAGGUAUUGGAGCCGGAAUAUUUGGCUUCACCUUGGCUGGAUGAGUUAUCGGGCAUGACAUAUUUGUCCUACUUUAUGAAGCCGGGGGGACCCGGUUACAAGGCCACCAUGAGAUGGGUGAAUACUCAGGUUAAGGAUCAAGUGCAGAAUUUUACAACCGAUUGGAAUGAUGGCCGAGUUUUGUGUGAAAUCAUCAAGGGCUUGGGUGGACCAGCUCCUGCCCCGGAAAAACUCAGCACAGAUCCCUUUCAUUAUGAGAACAACAUUCGCAAGGCCUUGGAUGCUGGCACGAAACUUGGCAUACAGCCAGUCUUGACCGCAAAAGAUAUGGCCAAUCCCGAGGUGGAACAUUUAGGUAUAAUGGCCUAUGCCGCCCAUCUGCAAUGGGUUCCACCCAGACCACCUCUAUCGGAUUUGGUCAAUGUCUAUUUGGAAAGUACUUCAGGACGUGUGGGAGAACCCACCCAUUUCCGUGUGGACAUAUUGACUCGUGACAUCAGCAUUAGCAGCGUUAAAGCUUUAGUGGUUGCCCCCUCGGGCCAUGCCCAGCCUGUUAAACUGAAUGCCCAUGGCGAGGGAGUUUAUAUGCCCGACAAAUAUGGCAUGCAUGAGAUUGUCGUUGAAAUCGGUGGUGACAGCUUGGGAGGCCAUUUCUUCAGAGUCCUGCCACGCUUCAUACAAGUGGCCCCACCUGGCAUGGCCCCCUGUGCCCUAGGCAGCUUAGUGGAAGUCUUGGUCAAUGCCACUGGUGCCCCCAAGACCGAAGAUAUUCUGGUUACCGCCGUCUCUCCCAUGGGUAUUUCCCACAAAUGUCCUCUGAAGAAAGUCGAAGAGGGCCACAGUGCCAUAUUCAAACCCGAUGAGGCGGGCAUAUGGGAAAUAGCCAUAACCUAUCAGGGGCGCCACAUUCAGGGUGGCCCCUUUACAUGUGCUGUCUUUGAUGCUUCAGGAGUGUCUGUACAUGGCCUGGAUGGAGCCAUGCCCUUAAGGGCUCACUCCUUUGAAGUGGAUGCCCGUGGUGUGGGCGUGAAUGGUGAACUGCAUGUGGACAUUGUCCACGACAAACGUUCGCUGGUGUGCUCCGUGGAAAAGAUUGUGGAGAACAAAUAUCGCGUCACCUUUAUGCCACGACAAAAUGGCAAAUAUCGCGUUUAUGUCUAUUUCAAUGGCUAUGAUGUCAAGGGUUCACCAUUCAUCAUGCGCGUGGGCACCAAGGGACGUUCGGGCAAGACCCGCAGCAGCCCUCUGCAUGACACCAAGCAUAGAUCCGAGAGUCCCUCCAUGCACUACACCUCAACCACGUCGGCACGCCACAACGAUUACCGCAAUGCGGCCACUUCUUCUUUAUCCCGUCGCGAUCUGAUGAAUCAUCAUACCACCAACACCAGCACAACCAACAUUGGCAGCAACACCAACACCUCGGAACGCCAACGUUCGUUUUCGCCACAGUAUUCGCCCAAACAGGAUACCACGGAUUAUCGCACCAGCUACUACAAGCGCGAAAGUGAGGACAAAUCGGCAACAUCACCUCCACCAACAUCGGUAUCGCAGACACCAUAUCGUGAACGUGAACGUGAAUAUGACGAUUCACCCAGUACCAAGUAUCUGAAUUCCAUAGAUUUGUACAAUGUGACCACUGCCAGACGUGAUUCCAAGGCCUCCAAUCUAUCGAAUGCCUCCAAGAAUGACUAUUACUAUGACAAGGAGAAUGAGUUGUACAGCAAUAAGAGGAGUGAGCGUGACUUGAAAUUGGCACCACCACGUGAGGAUCGCGAAGAUUACUAUGAUCUGCAUCAGCAGUACCAGCAACAUCAGCAGACUCGCACACAAACCAAUGUAACACGAGGCUCGGUCUCCUACAAUUCGAGAUUGAGUCCCAUACCACCCAGUCCCACAUCUGAAAUACGUUCAAGCGAGGUACGCACCCAUAGUCCGGUGACCGUUAAAACUUCAUUGCCUUAUGAAACAGCCACACGUAAUUUGAGCGUUAGUCCCCGGCAUAUGUCAACAUCGCCCAUACCACGUCAUUCACCGAAUAGCUCUUACAUUACCACGGCAACACAUCGCAUGAGUCCCAGCACCACUUUUAACAAGAAUGGCUAUGAAACACGCACUAUCGAAAAGACUUCAACCUACAAGACAAGCUCUAAUUUUGUCACUGAUUCCAAUAUAAGAGCCAGCCCUUCACUUUAUGGAACCGCAGAACGUCUAAGACGCACCGAAUCUCCAGAACCAAGAAUUGAUCAUUCGUCCAAUGUCAGAGUGUCAUCCAUGAAGCCAGCCAGUGCUCGACGCGAUAGCUGGGAUGUCAUAAACAAGACAAAACAUAUACUCUCGCAUAAUUCGUUGGAAUCAUUGGCCAAUAUGACAGAACAGCAAUUGAAUACUGAUUUGAGUUACAAUCGUCCGGAUAUCGAUAAUGAAACGCAUCGCAAUACGCAAUAUAAUAAAUUUGCCUUAAACGAACAGAGAUUUCAAAAGGAAAGGCGAGGUUCUCGAGAUUCCGUAGAUGAAGCGGACCGUUAUAAACCCAGUGCCAUCACUGUCAAGUCACAAUCAAACAAUACCUAUACCGAUAAAUCUGGUGGCUAUACUCGCACCGUCAAAGAGUCCAGCCAGCAGAUUGUCACCGAAAGCUCUUCAACCGCCAAUGGACAAUUGGGAAACGGUGGAGGUGGCGUGGGAAAUUAUGGCUACAGUAGCCUCUCUCGAUUUCGCCCCAUAGAGAAUACAACUGCAGGAGUUACUGGCGCUAAAGCUAUUCGUGUCCAGGAUAUACCCAAUGGUGCCAUUGGACGUCCGGUUGAAUUCGAAAUCGAUGGUUCCAAGGCUGGUUCUGGCAAUUUGGAGAUUUUGGUUAAUGGUGGUCGUGUCACCUCAUCAGUUCGUUCGUUGGGCGGACAGCGUUUUAUAGCAAGUUUUACCCCUCAUGAGCCGGGAAUUCAUACAGUGCAAAUAACCUUUAAUGGGGAGACUAUACCGGGUUCACCGUGGCACGUUGAGAUCAUGUCCACACCCGGUCUAACAGCAUUGGGCGAAUCGACCCGUCUUGUACCCGCCAAUACACCGGCGGUUUUUGAUAUACUGCCGCCUCCUGGUCAAAGCCUUGCGAAAGGCGAGUGCGUGGCAACAGUUUUGGGUCCUAACAAGACCAAACUGAAUGCCAGAGUCACCCACGAGGCGGCAAACGGUGCUGCACGCAUCGAGUUCGUGCCAACCGAAGUUGGUACGCACGUCAUCGAGGCCUCCAUCAAUGGUACGAAAAUCUCCGGUGGCCCUUUGAUAGCCAAAGUCUACGAUUCCAGUCUCAUACAGGUCACCGAUGUCAAUGGCGGCGUUGUCGGCCAGCCAUGUCAGUUUCGUGUCGAUGCCAGCGCCGCUGGCGAGGGACAAUUGGAGAUUUCCAUAAACGAAGGAGAAGUGCCCAAUCACGUGCAGGUGGUGGGCGGUGGCCGUUGUCUAGUUUCGUUUACUCCCGAACAGGCCAAGCCCCAUUUGAUUGAUAUCAAAUUUAAUGGCGAAACCGUACGAGGAUGUCCCUUUGUAUGCCAAGUAGCAGAUACUUCACGCGUCAUGCUGAAUCUAUCGAAUCUGGAGUUGAUACCGGUGAAUAGGCCGGCUUCGUUUCAUAUCACCGUAAGUGGUGGUGGUGCUGCCGAAUUGGCUGUUAGUGUACGCGGCCCUCAUGGCGAGUUGCCGGUACGAGUCACCGGCGAUAUACAUGCAGGAUUUACGGCAGAAUUUACGCCCACCAGUGUGGGAGGCCAUUCGAUUAAUGUGGAAUACAAUGGGUUCCCUGUGCAGGGUACUCCCUUCUUGGCAAAGUCAUAUGAUGCCACCAAGGUGGCGGUGGGUAGUGUAUCGCGUGGUACAGUCGGUCGCCCAGUGCAGUUUACCGUCGAUGCUGGCGAUGCAGGUGAAGGCAACUUGGAGAUAACCAUAUCGGCAAAGGGGCAGAAUAUACCAACGCAAGUGCAUCCUCAAGGCAGUGCAAGAUUCUCUGUCUCCUUUGUACCCACCGAGGCUUGUGAGCAUACCAUCAAUGUUUCGUUCAACAAAAUGCCCGUUCCUGGGUGUCCCAUCACCGUGAGCAUAAGCGGCGGCAUGUCCGGUCCCCAAGUGUCUUUGGGUGGGCCCGGGCCCGUACACCAAUCGAAUUCUUUUGUUAUCAAUCACAACGGCGGUCGUUUAGAGGAUAUUGAGGUGAACGUUGAAGGACCCGCUGGACAAUCUGUGCCCGCACAGGUCCAUCAGUCAGCAGAGGGUGUCUUCAAGGCGGAAUUUGUACCACGCGUCGUUGGAGAACAUCGUGUCCAUGUUACCGUCUGUGGUUUGGCAACGGCUGGCAGCCCUUAUGCCGCUAAGGUUUAUGAUGUCACAGCCAUCAAGGUGAAGAACGUCAGCAACGGAACUGUGGGCAAACCUGUCACUUUCCUUGUCGAAACAUCACAGGCUGGUCCCGGUAAUCUGGAGGUAACUGUGAAUGGUGGUCGUGUCCCCACUUCGGCACAAGCCCAAGGCCAACAUACGUACGCGAUAAGUUUCACACCAAGAGAGGCUCAAAAUCACACCGUGGAAUUGAGAUUCAAUGCACAAGAUGUUCCCGGCUCACCUUUCACCUGUCGCGUUUCGGCAGCAGCUCGCAUACAAUCCCCAGAGACUAUGGACAAAGUUUGCGUGGGUCGCAUAUUCGAAUUCGUUGUGGAGUCAGAUACAAAGCCCACUGUGGAAGUAUUGGGUCCUGCCAGGCGUAGUGUGCCCGUUAUGAUCGAUGAUAUACACAUGGGCUACAAUGUAAAAUUCGAACCGGUGGAGGUGGGAGAUCAUUCGGUGGAAGUGCGUUUGCCAGGAGGUGGCCAUGUGGAGGGAAGUCCUUUCUUGCUGAAGGCCUAUUCUGCAGAAAAAGUGGUGGUUACCGAUAUCCGCCCCGGUGUGGUGGGUAAAAGUGUUAGCUUUGGCAUAAAUGCCAGCCAGGCAGGAGCAGGAAAUUUGGAAAUAAUCGUUGCUGUCAAUGGGAAGAAUGUACCCAAUUUUGUGCAAUCCGAAGGCAAUGCCCGUUUCAAGGUCAAUUUUAAGCCCACAGAGGCAGCUGCGCACAGUUUAUCGGUACGCUUUAAUGGUCACCCGGUGCCAGGCUCUCCUUUCACCUGUCACAUAGGAUCGGCCCCCAUCAGCUUGCCCAGGGCUAUAGCCACAGGGGAGGCAUUGAAGCAAGCAGCCAUAAGAGUGGACAAUACCUUUGAUUUGGAUGGUUUUGAGAAUAUAGAGCCUCAGGUGUUUGUGACUUCUCCCUCCGGGGACAAUAUACCCGCACAUGUACAGAAUCAGGGAGGUGAUUCGUACAGCGCCACCUUCCGCCCCAAUGUGGUGGGACGUCAUUUGAUAAGUGUCACGGCUUCGGAUCAACACAUCAAUGGAUCACCUUUCUCUUGCAAUGUUUUUGAUGUUUCAAGAGUUACCAUAAGCGGCCUGGAGCAGCAGUAUGGGCCUGCCGCCCUGGGUAUACCGGUCACCUUUAGUGUGGAUGCUGCCGGAGCUGGUGAGGGCACCUUAGAAUUGGUGGUUUCCACCGACACCAGCACUGUCAAGGCUGAGGUGGUGGCUUGUGCCCGUGGCCUAUAUGAUGUGACCUUUGUGCCCCAAUCCACUGAGCCCCAUUAUGUCAAUAUAACAUUCAAUGAGAUGGCCGUCGAUGGCAGUCCCUUCCAUGUGGACAUUCAACAAAAUGCUCAGACCAUACAAAUCGGUAGCUUGGCCAUGAUUGAUUUCCCUUCGGAUGAUCAAAUCGCCGAAAUCAUGGGUCCUGAUCAUAAGCCUGUGCCCUAUACCAUCAAUCGCCAGACUGCGGAAUUCCGCACCCAUAUGACCGGCAAUUACUUGAUACGCUUCAUAGAUCGAGAGACUAGGCAACAUAUUGGAACCCGCACACUGACCGUCUUUGAUCCUUCGUUGGUAAAAAUCACUGAAGUGGGAGAGGCUUUGUGCCAUCGUCCAGCCAGCAUUUCUGUGUCACUCAAUGAAGCCGGUCAGGGUGAUUUGUCGGCCUAUGUCAAAUGUGGUGCUACCGAGGUGCCUCACUCCAUACGAGGACCCUCCAAGAAUGGUGUCUACGAAAUUAUCUAUCACCCCACCAGAGUGGCUCCCCACAAAAUCACCAUUUUGUUCAAUGAUGUGCCCAUCUCCUUGAAGCCUUUGGAAAUUAAUGUCCUGCCUGCAGGAGCGGGCAAGGAGAUAAGUGUUAGUGGUCUGGGUUUGUAUCAAGCCAGGGUGGGCAAGACCACAUCAUUUGCCAUUGACACCAUAAAGAGACCAGCAAGAGAGUUUGAUGUGGUGGUGUCGGGACCAGGAGGUCAGGCAUUGCCCGUCAGAUGCUAUCAGACCAAGAGUGGUCAUUUGCAGGCAGAAUUUACCAUCAACAAGCCAGGACAAUGCAUAAUAGAGGUGUUGCACCAAUCCAAACCCUUGCCCGGUAGUCCCUUCACCUGUGAGGCCUUUGACACUUCCAAAGUUUCGGUGCAAGGCAUUCCCAAGGCUUCCAUGGCUUUGCAUAGCCCUAUUGCGUUUAGCGUUCGCACCGAAAACGCUGGUUUGGCAGAAUUGGAGGCUUUUGCUGUAUCGCCCACAAAUCAAAAUGUGCCCGUUCACAUCAACGAGCAGUCGGAGGGCAUCUACAGCGUUGAAUUUGUGCCCACCCAACCGGGCAAUUACAAACUCACUCUCAUGUAUGGUGGCGAGACACUGAACAGCUCUCCCUAUACUUUUACAGCUUCAACCAAUGGUGCUAGAACCGAUACCCGUGCAGCUGGCAAUGGUCUGGAGGUUUGUCAUCGCAACAAGGAGGCCUCGUUCAUUGUCUAUUGCCCUGUGCAGCCGAAUGUACAGAUUGAACGCUCCGAUGAGUUUGGCGAACGUAUCGAGCCCAAAAUCAAGGCUCUGGGCAAUAAUGAAUGGCGCAUAUCCUACACCAUAUUGUCGGUGGGUCGUUAUGAGAUUAGGGCCAGCUGUCCCAAUCGCGGCAGUUUGCCUGGCUCCCCUUGGCACAUAUCUUGUGUGGAGUCGAGCAAAGUUUCCCCCGUUGGUGGUUGGGGUACUCUGUUGGAUCAUGAGGGCCGUUUGAUUUUGCCAGCUCGCAUAGUUUUUGAUGUGGAAAAUGCUGGUCCCGGUGAACUGAGUUGUACCAUUGAUGGCAUUGAGAUACCUGUGGAUAAGUUGCCAGAUGGCAAAUUGCGCCUAUAUAUUAGUGGGGAUAAUAUGACGCCUGGGGAACAUGAUUUGGAAUUGACUUGGAGUGGCCUAACAAUAGUUCAGUGUCCACGCAGUGCUUUUGUUACAGGACAGCAGGCGGCCGAUAAGGUUGUGCUAACCGGGAGGGGUCUAGCAGCUGCCCAGGCGGGAGAAGCAGCCCAUUUCACCAUUGAUGCCACAGAUGCCCCUGCCGGUAGACCAGAAGUUAUACUGGUGCAUCAGGACAAUACAUCGGUGCCGGUUAGUUUGGCUCAACCACGACCCAAUGAGGCCAUAUGGCUGGGCUCCUACACACCACAGAAAUCUUCGUCCGGCUCUCUUACGCUGUCUGUCAAAUGGAAUGGUCGCUUGGUCAAAGGUUGCCCCCUGACUGUUGCUGUGGGCUCCUCCAUGGAUGCCUCCAAGGUCAUAUGUUCGGGUGAAGGUCUACGUCAUGGUAUUGUUGGCAAAGAUAUCAAAUCAUGGAUUGAUACGCGUCGUGCUGGUCCCGGUGAAUUGACAGCCCACUGUGCUGGUCCCCGCAAAGUGGCCUAUUGCGAGUUGUACGAUCAUGGCGAUGCUACGUUUACUCUGAACAUUAAACCCCAAGAGCCAGGACGUCAUGUGCUAACAAUUAAAUAUGGUGGUCAGAAUGUGCCUGGCUCGCCGUUUGCCCUUAAAGUCGCAGGAGCUCCCGAUGCCAGCAAGGUACGUGUCUAUGGUCCUGGCAUAGAACAUGGUGUGCUGGCUACCUUCCAAUCCCGCUUCAUUUGCGAUACCCGUGGUGCUGGUGCUGGUCAAUUAACCGUACGUGUACGUGGCCCAAAGGGAGCCUUCCGUGUGGAAAUGCAAAGAGAAUCGCAAAAAGAUCGAACAAUUUUGUGCAAGUUUGAUCCCACCGAACCCGGAGACUAUCGCGUCGAAGUGAAAUGGGCUGGUGAAUUUGUACCCGGUUCUCCAUUCCCCGUCAUGAUAUUCGACACCGAGGAGGAGCUACGAAGGUUCCUUCAGGGUAUAUGA